AUGCCUUACACGCCCCCCUCUCAUAGUCGAUCCCCCGCCAACUCUGCCCCCUCGUCGCCCGAUAACCGACGCAGCACGCCGUCGGCUCUGGGCGGAGGAAAUGGCGCCACGAACGACAAGGUACCCGUCGGUGCGACAGACAACAUCAGGACUCUCGCCACGACCAGUGUCCGACAAUCGCCACCGCCGGUAACCAACGAGAGUGGUAUGCCUAACGGUGCUGUCAUCUCACCUCCGGACUCCGCAAGCGAGGACGAGGAAGGCACGCAGCGCGGACGCCAGCUUCACAACCUGAAGGAACUGCAAGAUGCCAUCAGCCAAAUCCCUGUUCGCAGGGCACCCUCGCCCCCACCAAAGACGGCCGCAGGGGACAUCUCCAGGCCCGAAGUCAUCUCGAGCAACAACAUUGUUCACAGCUUCAGCACCCCCGACCUCGCGGGCGGAAGGAGGCGAACACACGCGCGCUCUGCUACCGAACCCAAGGUCAUGAUCUCCAAGUCUUCGGAGACCUCACUUACCGGUUCUGAAGAGGAGUCGGAUGAGGAUCUCAUGAUGAAGCCUCCGAUGGUUCGAAAGAAGUCUGGAGAGCUCGUUCGCCCUGCUCUGCGUCCUUCAUCCCACCGAAGGCCGUCCAGUAUGCCCGGGACGCCGACCUUCUCAAAGGCGGUGCAUUUCGACUCGCACCUCGAGCACGUGCGCCACUUCCUCCAGGUCGACCGCCCGCUCGCCGUCAGCGCUGGGUCGUCACCUGCCGAUAACUACGACAGUGAUAAUGAGUAUCCGUUCCCAGGCGAUGAGCGAUCCGGCACUCGGUCCCCUCCUUACGAGUGGGAAAUCGUGACGGCUAACCAGCCGAUGGAUUCUCCUAUCCGCAAGUCGCUGCCUGUGCGCCUCGAGAAGGUCUGGCUCUCACCCGACCAGAAGUCGUUACUCGGUUCUGUCGCCGUUGAGAACAUGUCUUUCCAGAAGUCCGUCACUUGCAGAUUCACACUUGACUACUGGAAGACCACUUCCGAAGUCGCCGCUGAGUACUCGCAUGAGAUCCGCCCUAAGGAGUCGGACGCCGGCCAUGACCGUUUCACCUUCGCCAUCAAACUCUCGGAUUUGGCUCACCUCGAGUCCAAGACUCUCUAUUUCUGUGUCCGCUACAACGUCAUGGGACAAGAGUUCUGGGACAACAAUGGCGGCACCAACUUCCAAGUGGACUUCCGCAAGAAGCACUUGCCUCAAAACGGCAAACGCAUCAUUGGCGCCGCCAGUAGGCCUGUCGGUGGCCUGCCCCGUAGCAACCGUCGGGCUAGCCCGGCUGCUAGCUCAUCACGCCCUAAGUCUGUCACUGUUGGCUUCGACGAUUUUGGCGGCGAGAAGGGCAAGUACAACUUCGACCAGCCCAUCCACGAAUAUCUUGGAGAAUCCGGCCCGCCUCUCCGCCUCAAGACCAAGUCGACCAGCAACCUGGCGAGUGAUAACAUUUCGAGGGGCUUGACCGCACCCAGCUGCCAGGCUUUCUCCAACCGCUAUGACUUUGGUGCCUCCCUCACCGCCGCUGUUCAGGCCGCAAAGGACUCGAUGAGCAAGGACACCAAGGCCGACGGUGGUCUGUACAUGAAGAGCCACAAGAAGAUCUCCAUGGCCCCUGAGCCUCCCAAACUGAAGAUGCCCGUCGUGCCUCGUGGUCCCUCGCCCAUGAUUUCUAACCCGAAACCUGUGGCAGUGGCUGGCAACGACUCGCCCAACACUUCCCUUGCUUCCAACUCAUAUGAGGAACUUGUCAACAAAUACUGCUUUUUUGGCUCAAAGCAGUCCAGCCCAAACCUACAGGAGGGCACCCUCAAGGGUAGCAAGUACGACGGUGCUGGCGAUGCCUGCGACACCCGCGGCACCAACAGCACCAACUCCAGCCAAAACGGAAGUCCCAACAUGCCUCACCAUGCUGGCCCCGCACAGCACCAUACCCUCCACAUUCGUGACGACUCGCCAUACUUCUUUGGCAGUGCCGUCGGUGCUUCGCCCGCCAACUCGCCGCUCAUCUCCCUGAUACCCUCAAGCGAGCGACCAUCCAGCCCAUCAACAGCACAGCGGCAAGCAGGCCAAGUCGCCACUCCUGCAUCAGCCUCGCCGGCUCCCCUGACUGGUGGUCUACCUCAGUUCGCUGGUACGUCGCCACAUCUCUACGCCCAGCACUUGCCGGAGCGGUUUCCGUUCUCCUUCAGUGAGACUCAUGCCGGUACAGCAAUUCGAGGUUGA